AUUCCCAAGCAAAAACCAGGUCUAAGGGUCCUGAAAUUCUACUUUGGACAUUGGAUUGGUGGAACCGCAAACAUGACUGUGGGCAAGAGCAGCAAGAUGCUUCAACACAUUGACUAUAGAAUGAGAUGUAUCCUGCAAGAUGGCCGAAUCUUCAUUGGCACCUUUAAGGCUUUUGACAAGCAUAUGAAUUUGAUCCUCUGUGAUUGUGAUGAGUUCAGGAAGAUAAAGCCAAAGAAUGCAAAGCAACCAGAACGGGAAGAAAAGCGGGUUUUGGGUCUGGUCUUGCUGCGUGGGGAAAACUUGGUAUCGAUGACUGUUGAGGGACCACCUCCCAAAGAUACUGGCAUUGCUCGGGUACCACUUGCUGGAGCUGCAGGAGGCCCUGGAGUUGGUAGGGCUGCUGGCAGAGGCGUACCAGCUGGGGUCCCAAUUCCCCAGGCCCCUGCUGGAUUAGCAGGCCCUGUCCGAGGAGUUGGGGGGCCAUCACAGCAGGUAAUGACUCCGCAGGGAAGAGGCACUGUAGCAGCUGCUGCUGUUGCUGCUACUGCCAGCAUUGCUGGAGCCCCAACACAGUAUCCGCCAGGACGAGGGACUCCACCCCCACCUGUGGGUAGAGCAACCCCACCUCCAGGAAUUAUGGCACCUCCGCCUGGUAUGAGGCCACCAAUGGGCCCACCAAUUGGGCUUCCUCCUGCUCGAGGGACACCGAUAGGUAUGCCUCCUCCAGGAAUGAGACCACCUCCACCAGGAAUUAGAGGCCCACCUCCCCCAGGAAUGCGUCCACCAAGACCCUAGAAUAUGUUGCUCUGUCACUGUCACUUUUUCCCCUGCAAUGCAUCUCGUGAAAUUGUGCACAAUGUUUGUGAGCUUUUUGUCCCCACUUUCUGCGUUAAUAAUAACUAAUAAUAAAUGCACAUAUCAAUUAAA